GGGCGAGAGGGAGCGGGCGAGAGUGGGCAGACGGGACGCCGGGCAGAGUGCGAACUGCGGGAGCCAGGGAGUGCGGCGAGGAGCCGGGCCGGAGUGCGGCGGCCGAGGCCAAGACAGUGGCCGGGGGCCCGGGGCGCACGGGCCGAGGCGACCCCCAGCCCCCGCCCGCCGCCCGCACACACCCCCACCGCGGCCCGGGAGCCCGACCGACGUCGACGCCUAGGGGAGACCAUUACAUAACCCCGCGCCCCGCGGCGCCUUCGCCCGCGCCCAGGGCGUCCCGGAGCCGAGCCUCGGGGGGCGGGCAAUCCCGGCACCCGGCCGCCAGGGUGGGGGCCCGAGCCGCGGCCCUGUUGAUUAAUUUUCCGCGGGAGAAGAGGGCUAAGGCUGCCUGCGCUGCCUCCCGAGCGAGGCCUCGUCGGUGGGCUCGGCGUCAGCACUGCUCGGCCCUUCGGUCCGCCGAGCUCAGCGCCCGGCGCUCUUGCCGCGCCUCUGCUGGCCGCCGCGCGAUGUGAGGCGGCGGCGGCGCCCGCCUUCCUCUCGGCUCCGGUGAGCUGUGCGCGGCCAUUAGGGCCGGUGCGGCGGCGGCGGCGCGGUGCGGUGCGGUGCGCGGAGGGUGGGGGCGCAGGCCCGGGAGGGGGUACCGGGAGGAGGUGAGUCUCUCGUCGCCGCCUCCUCUCCCCCUUUUCGCCCCCGCCUCCUUGUGGCGAUGAGGAGGAGGAGGACAGCGCCGAGGAGGAAGAGGCUGAUGGCGGCGGCGGAGCUCCGAGAGACCUCGGCUGGGCAGGGGCCGGCCGUGGCGGGCUGGGGACGGCGUCUCUAGAGCCGCGAGUCCUCGGGAAUUCGCCGCGGCGGACGCGCUUGGCGAGUCGGUGUCGCUGUGUCCUCCUCCGGGCCUGGCUCGGGCCCGGCCCCUCGCACUUGCCCCAACCUUUUCCGAUCGGGUCCGCAUCCCUUCUCCGGCCGCUGCGACCCGGUGAAGAGAAAAAGGAACUUCCCCACCCCCCCUCGGGGUCGGCCGAACCCCCCCAGCCCACCCCGGGGAUCGGGGCGGGGGCCCCGAGCCGAAGAAGAGAUUUCCUGAGAAUAUUCGCUUUCCUCGCCUGUAUCUCCGAAAGAAUUAAAAAUGGCCGAGAAUGUGGUGGAACCGGGGCCGCCUUCAGCCAAGCGGCCUAAACUCUCGUCUCCGGCCCUCUCGGCGUCGGCCAGCGAUGGCACAGAUUUUGGCUCUUUGUUUGACCUGGAGCAUGACUUACCAGAUGAAUUAAUCAACUCUACAGAAUUGGGACUAACCAACGGUGGUGAUAUUAAUCAGCUUCAGACAAAUCUUGGCAUGGCACAAGAUGCAGCCUCUAAACAUAAACAGCUAUCAGAAUUGCUACGGUCUGGGAGUUCCCCUAACCUCAAUAUGGGGGUUGGUGGCCCAGGCCAAGUCAUGGCCAGCCAGGCUCAGCAGAACAGUCCUGGAUUAGGUUUGAUAAACAGCAUGGUUAAAAGCCCAAUGGCGCAGGCAGGCUUGACUUCUCCCAACAUGGGGAUGGGCACUAGUGGACCAAAUCAGGGUCCCACACAGUCCACAACAGGUAUGAUGAACAGCCCAGUAAAUCAGCCCGCCAUGGGAAUGAACACAGGGAUGAAUGCUGGCAUGAAUCCUGGAAUGUUGGCUGCAGGCAGUGGACAGGGGCUGAUGCCAGGCCAAGUCAUGAACGGUUCGAUUGGAGCGGGCCGAGGACGGCCUAAUAUGCAGUACUCAAACCCAGGCAUGGCAAAUGCUGGCAACUUAAUGACAGAGCCACUGCAGCAGGGCUCACCUCAGAUGGGAGGACAGACAGGAAUGAGAGGCCCUCAGCCUCUUAAGAUGGGAAUAAUGAAUAACCCCAAUCCUUACGGCUCACCUUAUACUCAGAAUUCUGGACAGCAGAUUGGAGCCAGUGGCCUUGGUCUCCAGAUUCAGGCAAAGACUGUUUUACCAAAUAAUUUAUCUCCAUUUCCAAUGGACAAAAAGGCAGUUCCUGGUGGGGGAAUGCCCAGCAUGGGCCAACAACCUGCCCCACAGGUCCAGCAACCAGGCCUGGUGACUCCGGUCACCCAGGGGAUGGGUUCUGGAGCACACACGGCUGAUCCAGAGAAGCGCAAGCUCAUCCAGCAGCAGCUCGUUCUCCUUUUGCACGCUCACAAGUGCCAGCGCCGGGAACAGGCUAACGGGGAGGUGAGGCAGUGCAACCUUCCCCACUGCCGCACCAUGAAGAAUGUCCUGAACCACAUGACGCACUGCCAGUCAGGCAAAUCCUGCCAAGUGGCACACUGUGCAUCUUCUCGACAAAUCAUUUCACACUGGAAGAACUGUACAAGGCAUGAUUGUCCCGUGUGUCUCCCCCUCAAAAAUGCUGGAGAUAAGAGAAAUCAGCAGUCAAUUUUGACUGGUGCACCCGUUGGGCUUGGAAACCCCAGCUCUCUAGGGGUGGGUCAACAGUCUACCCCUAGCCUCAGCACUGUUAGUCAAAUUGAUCCCAGCUCAAUAGAAAGAGCCUAUGCGGCUCUCGGACUGCCCUAUUCAGGAAACCAGAUGCCACCACAAUCCCAGGUGCAGGCGAAGAACCAGCAGAAUCAGCAGUCUGGGCAGUCGCCCCAAGGCAUCAGGCCCAUGAACAGCAUGAGUGCUAGUCCCAUGGGAGUAAACGGAGGUGUAGGGGUUCAAGCACCGAAUCUUCUUUCUGACUCGAUGUUGCAUUCAGCCAUAAAUUCUCAAAACCCAAUGAUGAGUGAAAAUGCCAGUGUUGCCUCCCUGGGCCCUAUGCCAACAGCAGCUCAGCCAUCCAGUACUGGAAUUAGGAAACAGUGGCAUGAAGAUAUUACUCAGGAUCUUCGAAAUCAUCUUGUUCACAAACUCGUUCAAGCCAUAUUUCCUACUCCGGAUCCUGCUGCUUUAAAAGACAGACGGAUGGAAAACCUUGUUGCCUAUGCCCGCAAAGUGGAAGGGGACAUGUAUGAAUCUGCAAAUAAUAGAGCGGAAUACUACCACCUUCUAGCUGAGAAGAUCUAUAAGAUCCAGAAAGAACUAGAAGAAAAACGAAGGACCAGACUCCAAAAACAGAACAUGCUGCCAAAUGCUGCAGGCAUGGUACCAGUUUCUAUGAAUCCAGGGCCUAACAUGGGACAGCCACAAUCAGCAAUGGCUUCUAAUGGUCCUCUACCUGAUCCAGCUAUGAUCCGUAGCAGUGUGCCAAACCAGAUAAUGCCUCGGAUAACUCCACAACCUGGUUUGAAUCAGUUUGGCCCAAUGAGUAUGCCCCAGCCACCCAUUGGCCCCCGGCAAACCUCACCUCUUCAGCACCAUGGGCAAUUAGCUCAACCUGGUGCUCUCAAUCUGCCCAUGGGCUAUGGGCCCCGCCUCCAACAGCCGUCCAGCCAGGGCCAGUUCCUGUCCCAGACUCAGUUCCCCGCACAGGGGAUGAACGUGACGAACAUGCCUCUGCCACCAUCCACUGGCCAAGUUUCUGUGUCUCAAGCACAAAUGUCCAGCUCUUCCUGCCCGGUGAACUCUCCAGUCAUGCCUCCAGGGUCUCAAGGGAGCCACAUUCACUGUCCUCCUCUCCCUCAGCAAGCGCUGCACCAGAACUCACCAUCUCCCGUACCUAGUCGGACCCCCACCCCACACCACACUCCCCCAAGCAUAGGGGCUCAGCAGCCACCACCAACAGCAAUUCCAGCUCCUGUUCCUACACCACCUGCCAUACCAUCUGGGCCCCAGCCCCAGGGUCUGCAUCCACCCUCCAGGCAGACACCAACCCCACCCACAGCCCAGCUUCCCCCGCAAGUGCAGCCUUCACUUCCCACUGCUCCUUCUGCUGACCAAGUACAGCAGCAGCCCCGCUCACAACAGAGCACUGCAGCCUCCAUUCCCACCCCCACGGCGCCACUGCUGCCUCCACAGCCCACAACGCCGCUGUCCCAGCCAGCGGUGAGCAUUGAAGGACAGGUAUCAAAUCCUCCAUCUACAAGUAGCACAGAAGUAAAUUCCCAAACAAUUCCUGAGAAGCAGCCUUCACAGGAAGUGAAGAUGGACGCUAAAAUGGAAAUGGAUCAGCCAGAACCAACAGACGCUCAGCCAGAGGAUAUUCAGGAGACUAACGUAGAGGAAUGUAAAGUGGAGCCCACAGAAACAGAAGAGAGAAACAUGGAGUUAAAACCUGAAAUAAAAGAAGAGGAAGACCAGCCAAGUACUUCAGCUACUCAGUCUUCUCCAGCUCCAGGACAGUCAAAGAAAAAAAUUUUUAAACCAGAAGAAUUACGACAGGCCCUGAUGCCAACCCUGGAGGCACUUUACCGGCAAGAUCCAGAGUCCCUCCCCUUUCGUCAACCUGUGGACCCUCAGCUUUUAGGAAUUCCUGAUUAUUUUGAUAUUGUGAAGAGCCCCAUGGAUCUCUCUACCAUUAAGAGGAAAUUAGACACUGGACAGUAUCAAGAACCCUGGCAAUAUGUGGAUGACAUUUGGCUUAUGUUCAACAAUGCCUGGUUAUAUAAUCGGAAAACAUCACGGGUGUACAAAUACUGCUCCAAGCUGUCUGAGGUCUUUGAACAGGAAAUUGAUCCAGUCAUGCAAAGCCUUGGAUAUUGUUGUGGCAGAAAGUUGGAGUUUUCUCCACAGACACUGUGUUGCUACGGCAAACAGUUAUGUACAAUCCCUCGUGAUGCCACUUAUUACAGUUACCAGAACAGUUCACCCCAGUAUGGCCUUCUUGCCGACAGGUAUCAUUUCUGUGAGAAGUGUUUCAAUGAAAUCCAAGGGGAGAGCGUUUCUUUGGGGGAUGACCCUUCCCAGCCUCAAACUACAAUAAAUAAAGAACAGUUUUCCAAGAGAAAAAAUGACACACUGGAUCCUGAAUUGUUCGUUGAAUGCACUGAGUGUGGAAGAAAGAUGCAUCAGAUCUGUGUCCUUCACCACGAGAUUAUCUGGCCAGCUGGGUUUGUCUGUGAUGGGUGCUUGAAGAAAACUGCACGAACCCGGAAAGAAAACAAGUUUUCUGCUAAAAGGUUACCAUCUACCAGACUUGGAACCUUUCUGGAGAAUCGUGUGAAUGACUUUCUGAGGCGACAAAAUCACCCUGAAUCAGGAGAAGUCACUGUUAGAGUUGUUCAUGCUUCUGACAAAACUGUGGAGGUCAAACCAGGCAUGAAAGCAAGGUUUGUAGAUAGUGGAGAGAUGGCAGAAUCCUUUCCUUACCGAACCAAAGCUCUCUUUGCCUUCGAAGAAAUCGAUGGCGUUGACUUGUGCUUCUUUGGCAUGCACGUUCAGGAGUACGGCUCUGACUGCCCUCCGCCCAACCAGAGGAGAGUGUAUAUAUCUUACCUUGAUAGUGUUCAUUUCUUCCGUCCUAAAUGCUUGAGGACUACAGUCUAUCAUGAAAUUCUAAUUGGAUAUUUAGAAUAUGUCAAGAAAUUAGGAUAUACAACAGGGCAUAUUUGGGCAUGUCCACCAAGUGAGGGGGAUGACUAUAUCUUCCAUUGCCAUCCUCCUGACCAGAAGAUACCCAAGCCCAAGCGACUGCAAGAGUGGUACAAAAAGAUGCUUGACAAGGCUGUGUCAGAACGCAUUGUCCAUGACUACAAGGAUAUUUUUAAGCAAGCUACUGAAGAUCGAUUAACAAGUGCAAAGGAACUGCCAUACUUUGAGGGUGAUUUCUGGCCCAAUGUUCUGGAAGAGAGCAUUAAGGAACUGGAACAGGAAGAGGAGGAAAGGAAACGGGAAGAGAACACCAGCAAUGAAAGCACUGAUGUAACAAAGGGAGACAGCAAAAAUGCUAAAAAGAAGAAUAAUAAGAAAACCAGCAAAAAUAAGAGCAGCCUGAGUAGGGGCAACAAGAAGAAGCCUGGCAUGCCCAAUGUGUCUAAUGACCUCUCGCAGAAACUCUAUGCCACCAUGGAGAAACAUAAAGAGGUCUUCUUUGUGAUCCGCCUCAUUGCCGGCCCUGCUGCCAACUCCCUGCCUCCUAUUGUUGAUCCAGACCCUCUCAUCCCCUGUGACUUGAUGGAUGGGCGGGAUGCAUUCCUCACCCUUGCAAGGGACAAACACCUGGAGUUCUCUUCAUUGAGACGUGCUCAGUGGUCUACCAUGUGCAUGCUUGUGGAGCUGCACACGCAGAGCCAGGACCGCUUUGUCUAUACCUGCAACGAGUGCAAGCACCACGUGGAGACACGCUGGCACUGCACUGUCUGUGAGGAUUACGACUUGUGUAUAACCUGCUAUAACACUAAAAACCAUGAUCACAAGAUGGAGAAACUGGGUCUUGGCUUAGACGAUGAGAGCAACAACCAGCAGGCUGCGGCCACCCAGAGCCCAGGAGACUCGCGCCGCCUCAGCAUCCAGCGCUGCAUCCAAUCCCUGGUCCACGCCUGCCAGUGCCGCAACGCCAACUGCUCCCUGCCCUCCUGCCAAAAGAUGAAACGGGUCGUACAGCACACCAAGGGCUGCAAACGGAAAACCAACGGCGGGUGCCCCAUCUGCAAGCAGCUCAUUGCCCUCUGCUGUUACCACGCCAAGCACUGCCAGGAGAACAAGUGCCCUGUGCCGUUCUGCCUCAACAUCAAGCAAAAGCUCCGGCAACAGCAGCUGCAACACAGACUGCAGCAGGCCCAGAUGCUGCGCAGGAGGAUGGCCAGCAUGCAACGCACCGGUGUGGUGGGGCAGCAACAGGGCCUGCCCUCUCCAACUCCUGCCACUCCGACCACACCAACGGGCCAACAGCCAACAACCCCACAGACGCCCCAGCCCCAGCCCACCUCUCAGCCUCAGCCUACCCCUCCCAACAGCAUGCCACCCUACUUGCCCAGGACUCAAACUGCUGGCCCAGUGUCUCAGGGUAAGGCAGCAGGCCAGGUUACCCCUCCUACCCCUCCUCAGACUGCACAGCCACCCCUUCCAGGGCCUCCACCUGCCGCAGUAGAAAUGGCAAUGCAGAUUCAGAGAGCAGCUGAGACACAGCGCCAGAUGGCCCACGUUCAAAUUUUCCAAAGGCCAAUCCAGCACCAGAUGCCCCAGAUGACUCCCAUGACUCCUAUGGGGAUGAACCCACCUCCCAUGACCAGAGGUCCCAGUGGGCAUCUAGAGCCAGGGAUGGGGCCCACAGCGAUGCAGCAGCAGCUCCCUUGGGCCCAAGGAGGACUGCCUCAGCCCCAGCCGCUCCAGUCCAGCAUGCCAAGGCCGGCCAUGAUGUCCGUGGCCCAGCAUGGGCAACCUUUGAACAUGGCUCCACAGCCAGGAUUGGGCCAGGUAGGUGUGAGCCCACUCAAACCAGGCACUGUGUCUCAGCAAGCCUUACAAAACCUUUUGCGGACUCUCAGGUCUCCCAGCUCUCCCCUACAGCAGCAACAGGUGCUUAGUAUCCUUCAUGCCAACCCCCAACUGUUGGCUGCAUUCAUAAAACAGCGGGCGGCCAAGUACGCCAACUCUAAUCCACAGCCUCUCACUGGACAGCCUGGCAUGGCCCAGGGACAGCCAGGGCUGCAGCCACCAGCCAUGCCAGGUCAGCAGGGCGUGCACUCCAAUGCAGCCAUGCAGAACAUGAAUCCCAUGCAGGCAGGUGUGCAGAGAACUGGCCUGGCACAGCAGCAGCCUCAGCAGCAGCUCCAGCCGCCCAUGGGAGGGAUGAGCCCCCAGGCGCAGCCAAUGAACGUGAAUCACGGCAGCAUGUCUUCCCAGUUCCGGGACAUGUUAAGACAACAGCAGAUGAUGCGGCAGCAGCAGCAGGGCGCAGGGCCUGGUAUAGGCCCUGGAAUGGCUAACCAUAACCAGUUUCAGCAACCCCAGGGAGUUGGUUACCCCCCACAGCAGCAGCAACAGCAGCAGCAGCAGCAACAGCAGCGGAUGCAGCAUCACAUGCAGCAGAUGCAACAAGGGAACAUAGGACAGAUGGGCCAGCUCCCCCAGGCCUUGGGAGCCGAGGCAGGAGCCAGUCUGCAGGCCUAUCAGCAGCGACUCCUCCAACAGCAGAUGGGGUCCCCUGCUCAGCCCAAUCCAAUGAGCCCCCAGCAGCAUAUGCUUCCAAAUCAGGCCCAGUCCCCACACCUACAAGGCCAGCAGAUCCCAAAUUCUCUCUCCAAUCAAGUGCGCUCACCCCAGCCUGUCCCCUCUCCACGGCCGCAGUCCCAGCCCCCCCACUCCAGCCCAUCCCCACGGAUGCAGCCUCAGCCUUCUCCACACCACGUUUCCCCACAGACCAGUUCCCCACAUCCUGGACUGGUUGCUGCCCAGGCUGCCAACCCCAUGGAACAAGGGCAUUUUGCCAGCCCAGACCAGAAUCCGAUGCUUUCUCAGCUCGCUAGCCAUCCAGGCAUGGCAAACCUCCAUGGUGCAAGUGCCACGGACCUGGGACUCAGCACCGAUAACUCAGACUUGAAUUCAAACCUCUCACAGAGUACACUAGACAUACACUAGAGACACCUUGUAGUAUUUUGGGAGCAAAAAAAAAAAAAAAAUUAUUUUCUCUUAACAAGACUUUUUGUACUGAAAACAAUUUUUUGGAAUCUUUCUUAGCCUAAAAGACAAUUUUCCUUGGAACACAUAAAACUGUGCAGUAGCCGUUUGUGGUUUAAAGCAAACAUGCAAGAUGAACCUGAGGGAUGAUAGGAUGAUACAAAGAAUAUAUUUUUGUUAUGGCUGCUUCCCCAGCCUUUUCCCGCGUGUGUGUGGUUCGAGUGUGCACUGGGAGGAGGCUGAGGUCUAAAGCCGCCAAAUGCUCCUGCCUUGCACCUCCAAUAGGUUUUAUUAUUUUUUUUAAAUUAAUGAAAAUAUGUAAUAUUAAUAGUUAUUAUUUACUGGUGCAGAUGGUUGACAUUUUUCCCUAUUUUCCUCACUUUAUGGAAGAGUUAAAAACAAAAGAACAUUUCUAAAACCAGAGGACAAAGGGGUUAAUGUUACUUUAAAAUUACAUUCUAUAUAUAUAUAAAUAUAUAUAAAUAUAUAUUAAAAUACCAGUUUUUUUUUCUCUGGGUGCAAAGAUGUUCAUUCUUUUAAAAAUGUUUUAAAAAAGCCUUUCCUCCCUUCAAGUCAACUUUUGUGCUCCAGAAAAUUUUCUAUUCCGUAAGUCUGAGCGUAAAACUUCAAGUAUUAAAAUAAUUUGUACAUGUAGAGAGAAAAAUGACUUUUUUCAAAAUAUACAGGGGCAGCUGCCAAAUUGAUGUAUUAUAUAUUGUGGUUUCUGUUUCUUGAAAGAUUUUUUUUCUUUUCUUUUUUUUUUUUUUUUAUAUCUAACAGGAAAAAAUGAAAGAGGGUAAGAAACGAUUCCGGUGGGAUGAUUUUAACAUGCAAACUGUCCCUGGGGUUUCUUCUUUGCUUGCUUUCUUCCUCCUCAUCCUGCCCCUCACACCCCACACACAAAAACCUUCUGUAAAACUUGAAAAUAGAAAGCAAAAACCCUCAACUGUUGUAAAUCAUGCAAUUAAAGUUGAUUACUUAUAAAUAUGAACUUUGGAUCACUGUAUAGACUGUUAAAUUUGAUUUCUUAUUACCUAUUGUUAAAUAAACUGUGUGAGACAGACA